AACAAUCUUCAUGUAUCCUCUAGUACUAGUGUAUAUAUAAAACCUUGCAAUCAAAGUUUAUAAGAGAAACAAAAACACCAACAAAUUAAUUAGCCAAACAUGAAGGGUAACAAAAGAAUCUCUACUCAUCUUGGGUCCGAUAGACCACGGCUAAUCGGCAUAGGUGUGUUGUUAGGGUUUGUUACGGGGGCCCUAUUAAUGUCGGCCCUCGUAAGUCCCACCGGUGGGUGGUCGUCGUAUCGAUUAUCUCUUUUCUCCACCACGGCAACCACCUCUAUGCAGCUAAAGGCGAUCCUCCACUACGCCACAUCAAAGGUGGUCCCACAACAAAGUCUAAAAGAAGUUACAGAAUCAUUUAACGUUCUCACAUCUUUAGGCUCGUGCAACUUUCUUGUUUAUGGGUUGGGAUACGACUCUCUCAUGUGGGCAGCACUCAAUCCAAAUGGAACCACCCUUUUCUUAGAAGAGUCUCCUGAGUGGGUUGCUACCGUUUUAAAAGACGCACCUUAUUUAAAUGCUAAAACAGUGUCGUACAAGACACACCUACGAGAUGCUGAUAAGUUAAUUAAAACUUACAAGGAAGAGCCUUAUUGCCACCCUAACAAGGCUUUCUUGCAGGGGAACCAAAAUUGCCCAUUGGCCUUAGAUAAUCUACCAAGAGAAGUGUAUGAAAGGGAGUGGGAUGUGAUCAUGGUCGACGCGCCGCGAGGAUUCUCACCGGAACAUCCAGGAAGGAUGGCGGCGAUAUUCUCCUCGGCCGUGAUGGCACGUCAAAGAAAAGGCCAGGGGAAUACACAUGUGUUCUUGCAUGAUGUUAAUAGGAAAGUGGAGGAAACCUUUGCAAAGGAGUUUUUGUGCAUCAAAAAUAAGGUUGGAGGUGUUGGAAGAUUGUGGCAUUUUGAGAUUCCACCAAUUCAACAUAGUGAUGAUAAUGAAGGAACCUUUAAAUUUUGUUAAACCUCAAUCAAGUAGAUGUUUAUGUUAUAUUAAUAAACCUAGUAGUUAGAGGUAAGACUGGGUAUAUUAUCAUUUUUUAAAGAUUAUUCAAACUUCUUCUUUUUUUAUUCUAUAUACAUAUAGAUAUAAUUCAUGAGAUUAAUUAUUGAA